AAUCCCAUACAUAACAUAUAUACAUAUACAUAUACAUAUAUAUAUAUAUACAUAUAUAUAUAUAUAUAUGUGUGUGUGUUUAUAUAUUUAUAUACAUACUGCCACACUUUACUACACUAUACCUUUUUAUUAUAUAUAUAUAAUAUAAUAUAAUAUAAUAUAAUAUAUAUCUCUCUAUGUAUAUAUAAAAGUAUAUAGACUUAUCUACAUACAUACAUACACACUCACUCACUCACUCACUCACUCACAUACAUAAAUACAUAUACAUACUUAUAUCUACUGUAUAUAUCUAUAUACAUAUACAAACACAAAACUAAAACUAAAACUAAAAAAAAACAAAAAAAAAAAAACAAAAAAAAAGAAUAAGCAUCACCUAUGUUUGGUUGUAUUCUGCCGUUGAUAUUCUUACUAUUGCCACUGCUGGCAACAUGCAGUGAGAAACUUGUUCCAUUCACAGACAACAACAUCAAGUACUUUGGACGUUGGCGCAUCACCACAACCGACAUCCAAAGUGGCUGGCCCGGUGCCUACCUCAAGACGAAUGUGAAUGGUCCGACCAUCAAACUGCGACUCAACCAGCCCACGACCGUCUAUGUCCAGCUCGGUCAAGAGCCGAUGCGUAAACUAGAUGCUGUCUACAAAGACCAGCUUCCAAUCGAGCUUGUGGUCGCAACUGAUCUCAGCCAGGGUCCGCAUCAGCUCAUGGUAGUCUCGACUGCAAACACUUCAAUCUGCCUUGAAUCCCUUGUCCUGGCCGUCGCUGCCACCACUGCGCCUCCAAGACUGUCCUUUGAUCUGGUCGAGUUUGUCGGCCACGACCUGACCCUGGGCACCUCGACCUCCCAGUCUCUGCUGACCAGCUUCCCUUGGCUGGUAUCGACCAUGAUGGAAAUCGAAAAGGUCCAGAUCGCCUAUCCGGGCGCAUGGCUGCUCGACCACCCCCAGGCUCUAGGAAUGGAGUCCCAGUACUUUCGCUGGACGCCCUCCCUAGACGAAACCGAACGAAACCAGUGGGACUUUUCGAGCUACCUGCCCUCUGCCGUCGUCAUCCUACUCGGCCAGAACGACCCCGAAACAGACCUCUACAGCCACGGCCUCCAGGGGUUCCUGCUCCGGCUGCGCAAACACUAUGCCCACUGCGCUAUCCUCGUUCUAUCCGAACCACGCGGUCACAGGGUCCGCCAAUCCCAGGCUGCCGUACACGCCCUCAACGAUGCCGGAGACCAAGACAUCUAUUACAUCGACACAACAGACUGGGUACAAGACGGCUCUGAUUUCCUAGACCCUGUUCAUCUUAGUGACCAGGGCCAUGAACGGUUUGCAAGGAGACUUAGCCCCUGGUUGCACACCAAACUCAUCUGGCCUCGGCAACCCUUCCCAGACCCCUUCCCCAAUCCAAAUCUACCCCGCGACUGGCACACGAUGGACGUCGGACAGGAGCAGUCGAUCGGCCUGCCUGGCUCGGUCUCGUUUGACUCGGGCAACACCUUCACACUCUGGGGCUCAGGCACGGACAUCAAAGACAACCAGGACGCCUUUAGGUAUGUCUUCCAGGCUCUGUCGGGCGACGGGUCGAUCCAGGCCACGAUCGGCUCCCACUCGGCCUUUGCAUCCUGCGCAAAGGCCGGCCUCAUGAUACGUGAACAUCUGUCGCUUGGAUCGCCUCACGUGAUGCUUGGAAUCUCACCCGCCGAAGGACUCUUUCUCCAGACACGUCACACAAACCUGUCGCCCAGCCACCUGGUCCGGAAGACGCGCGGCUCACCCCCAUACCACUUCCGUGUCACACGUAAAGCGAAUCUCAUCCUGGCCCAGAUCAGCCAGACCACGACAACCCAAUGGGACACCUUUGCAAACCUUACCCUGCCGCUAGCCAGAGAUGUCUAUGUUGGCCUGGCAGUCACCAGCUGCGACCCAUCGGUAGUGAGCGUGGCCAAGUUUGGUGAUGUGGUCCUGCAAGGAGGAGUAGGCAGUGGAACCUAUCGAUCAUCUUCAACAACAACAACAGCAACAAUAACUGCUGCUGGCAAACUCACCGGUAAUUUUGAUAGCAAGUAUAAUUCUUAUUAUGGAAACAAGGCCAUCAUUCCAUCCAUAAACCCAACCAAACCAAAAGCAAAAGCAAAAGAAGACGAAGAGAAACCAAUUGGUGGUGGUAACGAUAAUGAUAAUGCGGAUACCAAUGGCCGAUUUAUCUACCAGGUUUGAAAACAUAUAUAUAUAUAUAUAAGAUUAUUCAGUCAGUCAGUCAGUCAGUCAGUCAGUCAGUCAGUUAGGUUGGUUGGUCAAUUGGUCGGUCCAAUAGAAUAACCCACAUUCCGCCUGUUAUCUCUCUCUCUCUCUCUAUAUAUAUAUAUUUCAUACCCUUGUCUUUAUCCUCGCUUCUUUCGGGCCGACAUAUAUAUUUUUUUUUCUCUCUCUCUAUAUCCCAAUUCACAUACCCCGAUGUACUCCUUUUUUUUCAAACCUUUUCUCUCUCUGUGUUUGUGACUUUUUCUUUUUUCUAUCUUUUCUUUUCUUGUGGAUAGUGUACACUUUACUACACUUUACUUGACUACAUUCAUAUAACAUCUAUAUAUAUAUAUAUAUAUAUCAUUCAUUCAUUCAUUUCAUUCAUUUAUUCACUUCAUCAGCUAAUAUAAUAUAUAUAAAAGAAAAGAAGAAGAAAAAAACAAGGACACACAUUAUAUAUGUUACAAUCUAAAAUAAAAAUAAAAAUAAAAAAAUAUCAUAU